GGAAGGAGAUGGUGGAUUACAUCGCGGAUUAUCUGGAGAACAUCCGAGAUCGGCGCGUGUAUCCGGACGUGAAGCCGGGAUACCUGCGACUGCUGGUCCCUUCUUCUCCUCCCGAAGAGCCGGAAUCCUGGGACGACAUCUUCAACGACGUGGAACGAGUCAUCAUGCCCGGGGUGACGCACUGGCAGAGUCCGUUCAUGCACGCCUACUUCCCGGCGUUGAAUUCCUUCCCGUCCCUGCUCGGAGACAUGCUGGCCGACGCCAUCGGAUGCCUCGGAUUCACUUGGGCGUCGAGUCCGGCCUGCACCGAGUUGGAGAGCCUGGUCAUGGACUGGUUGGGGGAGAUGAUCGGCCUGCCGGACCAUUUCCUGCAUAAGAGACCCAACUCUCCCGGCGGUGGAGUCAUCCAGGUCUCCGUUCGCUUCUCGCGACCAUCAGCCUUUAUUUUCUUUGACGACGUCAAACUGACAGUUCGGUUGCGGUCCGACCGUAGAAUCGGUUACGGUGACGAUCCCGUCACAGUUGCAACGACGAUGAGCGAGGCGACGUUCGUGUCCAUCCUGGCCGCGAGGACGGAGGCCAUGAGAAAAUAUCAGAAGAGCUUCCCCAGUCUCGAGGACGCCGAGGUCAACUCCCGACUCGUCGGCUACUGCUCCGAUCAGGCGCACUCGUCGGUGGAGAAGGCGGGACUCAUCGGGUUGGUGAAGCUGCGAUGCAUCGAGACCGACGACGCACUCUCUCUCAGAGGCGACAAACUCCUCGAGGCCAUCCGAAAGGACCGGGACAGAGGACUCAUUCCCUUCUACGUACGUGCGGCGACUUCCAUCCGAUCCUCUUCGCGUAGUGGAGUUCGGGGAUUUCAUCGGGUUGCGUGGUGUCUGGGGACAGCUGUGCGCGACGUUGGGGACGACGGGGGCCUGCGCUUUCGACAACCUCGAGGAACUCGGACCCAUCUGUCCGUCCGCCGAGUCGCCUUCCUUCCUGCAUUCCACGGCGAGAGGGAGGAGCUGUGGCUGCACGUGGAUGCGGCCUACGCGGGGACGGCCUUCAUCUGCCCGGAAUUUCGGGCCUGGCUACGCGGCGUCGAAUACGUCACUUCCAUCGCCUUUAACCCUUCCAAGUGGAUGUUGGUCCACUUCGAUUGCACCGCCAUGUGGGUGAAGAACUGCGGGUCCCUCCAUCGCACCUUCAACGUGGCGCCGCUCUAUCUCCAACACGAGAACACAGGUGAGGCGACUGGGUUCUACAAGCGGUUUCGGGCUCUCAAGCUCUGGUUCGUCAUCCGAAACUACGGCGUGAAGGGACUUCAAGCCCACGUUCGCCGGGGCGUGAAACUGGCGGAGGAGUUCGAGCGCCACGUGAGACGAGAUCCUCGAUUCGAGAUCCCUGCCAAGAGACACCUCGGCAUGGUCGUCUUCAGGCUCAAAGGGGAGAACGAGAGGACGGAGGCGCUGCUGAAGCGGAUGAACGGCUCGGGUCAAGUGCAUUGCGUCCCGGCAUCCCUCAAGGGUCGAUACAUCAUCCGGUUCACCAUCACCUCCACCUACACCACGUCCCAGGACGUUCGACGGGACUGGGAGAUCAUUCAGGCCACAGCCGAUCUCAUCCUUCAUGCAAAGCCUAGGGUCCCGCUCGCGGGU